AUGGAUACAGUUGUGGAUAUCAGUGGAUGCGCUGAGAAGAAUGUGGUCAAGUUUGUGUCGCAAUCAUUUAAGGGUGAGGCCUUAGCUUGGUGGAGAUCGUUGAUUCAAGCCACCGGGAAGAUUCCUUUGUACAACAUGACUUGGGAUCAGUUCGUUGCUCCUAUCAAAGAAAAUUACUGUCCUCAACAUGAAGUUGAGAAAAUCGAGACUGAAUUCCUGUCACUAGUCAUGGAGAACUUAGAUUGUCAAGCAUACCUUACGAGUUUCAAUACCAAGUCUCGAUUGGUUCCUUAUUUGAUCACACCAGAACCAAAGCGAAUAGCUCGCUUUAUUGGGGGUCUAGCCCCAGAAAUAAAGGCAAGUGUGAAAGCAUCGAGACCUACUACAUUCAGGUUAGUGACAGAUCUGUCGCUGUCUCUCACACUCGAUGUGGUCAGAAACAAAGCUGCCAAAGCCUCAGAAGAUGGGAAGCGUAAAAGGGAGGAGGAUAACUCCCAGAAUCCUAAGAAGAACAAAUCUGAGCCCAACAAUAACCAACAAGAUUCCAACAAGAAGCCUACAUGCAAAACCUGCAACAGAAGACACUUGGGACAGUGUCGAUCAAACCAAAAGAUAAAGCAAUGUGGCAUCUGCAAAAGAACUAGUCACCAGUCCCACGAAUGUAGAGACAUAAAGAAUGAAAACUGUUUCAGCUGUGGCGAAAAAGGCCACAUCAGUACUAAUUGUCCUGAAGCCGCCAAGGAAGGAGCAGCUAAUUCUGGGAAGGAUAAGAAAGGAAACGUCUGA